AUGGGUUCUAUCCAAAAUGACAUUCCCAUAAAGAUUGAGAACCCACAUGAGUUUGACUGGGUAUACCAGGAAGAACAUUCUAAAAAAAACUUCGAACUUCCCGCACUAGACAGCUACUUUGACGAGUUAUCUGACUCGUUUCCAUUAUCAUAUAGCUACACAAAGCAACUUCCUUUCACUGAGUUCCAAGACUUUGAAGAUUUCCCUUAUGACUUUUUCUCAAUGGAACAAGUACAAGACUUUGCAUCCCAUUUUGACAUAGAUCAUGUGGUACUCGACCAAAGUCCUGUUAACCCCAUUACAGAAUUUGCUCCUUCUGGAAGUGAGUCUUCAGUGAUAAGUCAGAGUGAGUACGCAAGUUCUGGCAAGAGUGAAGAGGAAAAAGGGACAAGUAGUAGGAGAAAGAGAACUACUUUAUUGGAGUUGGAUGAGAUACAGAAACACUUUGAUGUCCCAAUCACCAAAGCAGCAAAAGAAAUGAAUGUGGGGUUGACAGUGUUGAAAAAAAGAUGUAGGGAGCUAAACAUCAUGAGGUGGCCACAUAGGAAGAUCAAGAGCUUGAAUUCCCUCAUCAAGAAUGUUCAGGAUUUAGGUUUCAAACGGGAGGCAGACAUCUUGGAGGAUCAGAAGAGACUUCUAGAGAUACUGCCGGAUACGGAGCUGACUGAGGAAAUUAAGAGGCUGAGGCAGGCUUGCUUCAAAGCAAACUACAAGAAGAAAAGAAUGGCUAUCCAAGCUUGACUACCUAGUCAUUUAAACAUAGAAAGAGAGAGAGAAAGGUCUAAUUAAUAGUUUGUUAUCUAGAAUAGCAGAAAUGACAAUACAAGUUCGCAAUCGUAUUGGGAAAUGAUAAGAUAAACUUUGAAUUAGUCUGUUUAGAGUUUAGGCUUUGAAAGCAUAGAAAUAUUUCUGGCUUAUAUU